UUGGGUCUGUGAAGUCACACCAAUUAACAGUUGAUACAGAAUUUUGUUUUGUAAAUAUCCACCACCCCCACCCUCUGAGUCUCAUUGUGUUGUUACACUAGCGUGUGUGUCAUUUGUUGAUGACGACACUUGUAUGGGAUUAGUGGCCGCAUGACAACACUGGGCCAGUCGCCCGGUUAGUCUUUCUUUCCAUAGCUGUACAGUUUUCCACUGGUGCGUCGAUGAGAUCCGAAGCGGUCGGUCCGAUGGCGCUGGACACUUUGAGCGUACAGGACUCCUUGGAAGAAUAUGACGGCGUUUUGGAGCUGAACCAGUUCGACGGACUGCCGUACUCGUCCAGAUUUUACACGCUGCUGAAGGAAAGGAAAAAUCUUCCCAUCUGGAACAUCAAGAGUGACUUCAUGGACGCGUUGGUCAAAGAACAAGUCGUCAUUGUCGCAGCUGCUACUGCAACUGGAAGGAGUUCUCAAAUUCCCGAGUGGUGUACCGAAUUCUGCCUGUCGCUCCAGUUCCGGCACGGCACGGUGGCGUGCAGUCAGACGCAAGCGCAGCAGGCAGUGGACUUGGCCUUGAGGGUGGCCGACGAGAUGGACGUCAACAUUGGUCACGAGGUCGGCUACAGCAUCCCCCUGCAGACGUGCUGCGCCGACGACACCGUCCUCAGGUACUGUACAGAUGACACCCUCCUGAGAGAGAUGAUGUCAGACCCUCUGCUGGAGCGCUACGCUGUGGUGGUGGUGGACCAGGUGCACCAGAGGACUGUGGCCACUGACAUUCUCCAGGGCCUGCUGAAAAACAUAACCCUGCAGAGGCCGGACCUCCGCGUGGUCCUCCUCACCGCGACGAGGCUCAGUCCCAAACAUCUGUCUCUCUUCUCCGGAACCACGGGGCCACCACCCGUGAUCCACCUGGACAGUCAGACCGCAGGGGAGGUGGUCUACAGCGAUACAGGCGAAAGCUACUUCUGCUCAGCGCUGCGUCUGGUCCUGGAAAUCCACCGCUCUGAGGAGGAUGGAGACGUGGUCGUAUUUCUGGUCACCAGUCAGGAGAUAGAACUGGCUCUUGACAUCCUGCAUCAUGAAAGCCUCAGCUUCCCCCCUAACCUGGGACGAUUCCUGCCCAUCGCCGUGCACCCUGACCAGUCUGGAUCCCUCACCACCCUGGGCGAGAAUGACCCAAGUCGGACACGAAGGGUUUUUCUCACCGCCAGCCCAAAUGAGGACUUCUUUUGGGCUGUCAACUCAGUUAACUUUGUCAUCGAUGUGGGCUUGGAGAAAAGAAACGUUUACAACCCGAGGAUCCGAACAAACACAGUCACAAUUCAGCCGAUCAGCGCCAGUCAAGCGAGGAGCCGCAAACAGCUUGUUGGUCCAACAGGGAAGUGUUUCUGCAUUUAUCCCGAGGACAGACAGCUUCCGGACGACAUUCGCCCGCACAUCGUGGAGUCCGACGUGACCUCCACGGUGCUCUUUUUGAAAAGGAUGGAGAUCGCCGGCUUGGGCCAAUGUGAUUUCAUCGACAAGCCAGGCAAGAUGACACAAAGGAGGACAGAAAAGUUCCCUGUACAUUCCAACCCAUUAGGUGCAUCAGAUCCUGAGGGUCUGAUGCAGGCCUUGGAGGAACUGGACUACCUGGCCGCCCUGGAUGACGACGGCAACCUGUCUGAGAUCGGCAUCAUCAUGUCGGAGUUCCCUGUGCAGCCUCAGCUGGCCAAAGCACUGCUGGCCUCCUGCGAGUUCGACUGCGUCAGCGAGCUGCUCGUCAUCGCCGCCAUGCUCACAGCUCCAACAUGCUUCAAGCUUCCUGCGGAUGACUUAAAGGCGGACGUGUCUCGACGUCACGCUAAGUUCCACCACCCCGAAGGAGAUCACUUUACCCUCAUCAACAUUUUCACGGCGUUCAAACGUUGUCGACAGGACCCGCGUUACGACGUGGACAAGUGGUGUAGCGACUUCCACCUGGACCGUGGGGCUUUAAUGGCGGCAGACAUCCUUCACGUCGACAUGGCCGACACGCUGGCGAGGAUCGAGCUGCCCGUGUCGGCGCCCGCCUUCAGCUCACGGGCUAACAGCGUCAACGUCAGGAGAGCUCUGCUGGCCGGCUUCUUCAUGCAGGUGGCGCGUGAUGUGGACGGCUCGGGCAACUUCUUGAUUCUGACCAACAAGCAUGUGGCGCAGAUCCACCGGCCAUCGGGUUACUGCGCCAAGAGUCCGACGGCGGAGUCCGUGGAGUGGCUGCUGUUCCACGAGCACUCCUUCUCACUGGACAACUGUCUCCGCAUAGUCACACCAAUCGCACCAGAAGAGUUCAUUCAGAUGGUGCCACAGUAUUUCUUCUCCAAUCUGCCCCAGAGUGAGAGCAAAGUUCUCCUGCAGAAUAUUCUGGACAGUUCAGCAUCUCGCUGCGGUGACAAGAAAGCAACCAACUCCCAGCAAGCGACCACACAUGACCGCUGCCUUGUUCAGUGACUGGUGGUCUUUUUUUGAGUGAUUUUAAAACUCCCAUGUGUUCUUGUACAUGAAAACAAAAACAAAAAAUAGCUGUCCUGUCACUAUAGUGUCAUUCUAAAUAUUAGAUUACUUUUACAGUUGCAAACUAAUAUAAAGACUGAAAUGUACAUGUUAUUGAUGGAUUUAAAUAAAACAGGAAGCCACAAUGUCCUUGAUGGUCACUAGUAGCAGUACAACCCCAAUUCCAAUGAAGUUUAUCAGUUUGAACAUUAAAUAUCUUGUCUUUGUAGUGUAUUCAAUUAAAUAUAGGUUGAACACGAUUUGCAAAUCAUUGUAUUCUGUUUUUAUUUGUGUUUAACACAACGUCCCAACUUCAUUAGAUAUGGGGUCGUAGACAGUUCAAACAUGUUUAUUUCCAUAGCACAGCAAACAUGCCCAAUAUCAACACAUUUGUACACAGUUGCAGUGUUUUGGUUUUGAGAAAGCAACAUGAAAAAAAUGUACUCAGCAACAAAGUUUGGCUAUCAAAAAUAAGCAAAGUCAUUAUUGAUUGAGCACUGAAGGCCUCAAUAGCCCCUUUUACACUGCUUGUUCCGUAUAAAACGGCACCAAUUAAGUGAUAUUCCACCUUUGGGAGUUAGCACCGUGUUGUGUCGAAUGUCAUUU